AUAAGGAAGUGGUUAAUUCAGACUAGCUCUUUCUAAUGUGUCAGCUUGGCUCAGUUGGUAGCAUGUUCACCUCUGGGUCUGAUCUUUGGGUCUGUGCUCUAUAUGGGAAUUUGAACUCCCCACGUGAAAGACAUUACAUAAAUGCAAUUUGUUGUUGUUGUUGAACUCACAGUCCACUAUGUGGGGUGAUAGUCAUUCGCCAAAAAUUUAAAGCAAUUUGACGGCUGGCUAGCUAACAGUACUAAAGGACAAGCAAGGAACUAUAAUUGUCUCUGUGGUUGAUGAGACGAAACCUCUACAAUGGUAUGCUCUAGGAGAUGCUCGUCGACCUCUCCAUGAAACGGCUGCUCUGGUUGAAGAUGUUGUGCAUUCGCAGCUGAUUAAUAUGCUACACCAAGCAGCCGAAAUCUCACAAGUUAGAGGAGCUCGGGUCAUAGCGGCGGAAGACAUUCUGUUCCUCAUGCGCAAAGAUAAGAGAAAAUUACGGCGACUGCUAAGGUAUAUGAGCUACAGGGAUUUCAAGUCCAAAAUCGUGAAGGGUGUUGAAGAAGAUGAUAUUUUUGACCCAGACAAAUCCAGCAGCAGUAUAAACAAGCGCCAGAAACUCUACCAGGAAUUUCUCAGCUCCAUUGACCAAACAGGAGACCUGCUGGGCCUGCUUGAAGAGGAUGAGACAGAUGAAGUCAAACAGGAGCGGCUGGAGAGAGCUGAGCGCCAGACUCGAAUGAUGGAUUCCGCACAAUAUGCAGAGUACUGUGAGAGUCGACAACUAAGCUUUGCAAAGAGAGCAACCAAGUUUCGAGAUUGGCUGGACUGGAGCAGCAUGGAAGUCAAGCCAAAUGCAGUUGCUGUAGAGAUCAUGGCAUACCUUGCCUAUGAAACUGUGGCCCAGCUGGUAGACCUGGCUCUUUUAGUGAAGCAAGACAUGGCAGCCAAAACUGGAGAUCCAUUCAGUCACGCCAGAUCUGCAACUCUAGUACACCACCAUAUUACUUUACCGGAGCUUCAAGUUCAGUCUAUCAAUGUGAAAAGCAAUCCUGACUCUCCAGAGAACACCCCUCCAUCCACACCAACAACCCCAGCAUCAAGUGCUCAGCACCUUGGGUUCAAGGCACAUUCAGGAAAUAUAGGAAAUGGAAGCAUGGGGCAAGAUUCCAACAGUGCUAAGGCCAAAACCCGUAAGAGGAAGAAGAGUGCUGCAGCCUGUGGGCUGGAGGCUCAUAGUGAUGCCAUCCAGCCCAGCCACAUCAGAGAGGUGAUUCGACGAUACAGCCACAAAAUUGGCCCUCUUUCCCCGUUCACAAGUGCUUACCGCAGAACUGGAAUGGCAUUCCUGGCCUGCUGAAGGGGGAAAGAACAAGAAGGUUGUUGUUGCUUGAAAAUGAAGCUGAUCCAAAAAAACAAGGCUGUGUCAGCACAACGUAUGUGUGUUUGCCUGUGUGUGUUGUUGAGGGGGUGGGAAGGAAGAGGAAGGGCAGGGACAACUGUGACAAGCCAGUGAACUGCACCCUAUCAUUAAUCCUGUUUACUUGGUGGAAUGUUAUACUUAAUUAAAGGCAGGAUGGAUGCUUGGCUUGCAUGUAGGUGGGAGGAACGCAGAUCAUGAGCUGAAGGUUCACAUCCGCAACUGUGUUGCAGCAUUUAAACAGAAUGAAAAGCAUUUUUACAACCAGCUGUAGUGCCGUCCAGGAUUUGACAUUCCUAUCAUAUGUAGUCUAAAUGAGUGUAACUGUAGACCUUUUUUUCUUGUACCAUCUUUGAAUGGCGUAAAAUAAAGUCUGAGAGAACGUCUUUAUUUCUCUGAUUAAAAUGGAGUAAUGUAA